CGAAGAACGACUUCCUAAACUCGGAAACUAGGGACCAUCCGAGCAGCACUGGAAUGCAGCAUUAUUCACUCAAACAAAACCAUUUAUAAUAAACCUUUUAACUGUCGUAGGCAUUUAUUUAUUGAGCAGCCUAAAUCGGGUAUAUCUAAUUUGUCGGUAAACUGUGUGACCGACGGGCUUUUUGGUGAAGCGAACAGCGCAGUCGUGCUUUCCGCCGGUAGUGGCGCUAGAGCACCAGUGAGUCUUUGCGCGCAGAGACCGAAGAAGAAGCUCCGUUUGUAGCGGCAAUGAAAGGACAGCGUGCCACUACUAAUAUAAGUGAAACAUAAGUUAAGUGUACAUUAACGAUCAUUACUACAGAAGUACGAGACGAGUUUAAUUCCAUCUACAGCCGCAAUUGUUAGGACUGCGUCGGGAAGAUGUCCUUGUUUUGUGCAAUUUCCAACGAGGUGCCGGAGCACCCGUGCGUCUCUCCGGUGUCCAACCAGGUGUUCGAGCGCCGGCUGAUCGAGAAGUACAUCGCAGAGAAUGGGACGGACCCGAUGAACGCACAGCCCUUGUCUGAGGAGCAGCUCGUAGAUAUCAAAGUGUCCCAUCCUAUUAGACCAAAGGCACCGUCCGCAACAAGCAUUCCUGCCAUUCUCAAAUCACUUCAAGAUGAGUGGGAUGCUGUUAUGCUUCACAGUUUUACUUUGCGGCAGCAGCUGCAGACAACUCGCCAGGAACUGUCACAUGCCCUCUACCAACAUGACGCCGCCUGCAGAGUCAUCGCUCGACUCACAAAGGAGGUCACUGCUGCAAGAGAAGCCCUUGCCACACUGAAACCCCAAGCUGGAUUGGUUGCCCCUCAGGCAGUCGCUGCCUCUCAGCCAGCUGCAGUAGGUGCUGGUGGAGAGCCUAUGGAGAUUAGUGAACAGGUGGGAAUGACCCCAGAGAUUAUCCAGAAGCUCCAAGACAAAGCUGCCAUCCUCACAACAGAAAGAAAGAAGAGAGGAAAAACCGUCCCAGAGGAGCUGGUUAGAGCUGAAGAUCUCAGCAAAUACCGCCAAGUGGCUUCACAUGCUGGUCUUCAUAGUGCCAGUGUUCCUGGUAUUCUGGCUCUGGAUCUGUGUCCCUCAGACACCAGCAAAGUUCUUACAGGUGGAGCUGACAAGAAUGUGGUGGUGUUUGACAAGAACGAGGAGCAGAUUGUUGCAACCCUUAAGGGUCACACCAAGAAGGUCACCUCUGUCAUUUACCAUCCAUCCCAGUCCGUGGUCUUCUCUGCAUCUCCAGACAACACCAUCCGUGUGUGGUCCGUCACCGGGGGCAACUGUGUCCAGGUGGUUCGUGCCCACGAGGGAGGUGUCACUGGACUCUCCCUUCAUGCUACUGGGGACUACCUGCUCAGCUCCUCUGAGGAUCAGUACUGGGCCUUUUCCGAUAUCCAGACUGGUAGAGUCCUCACUAAAGUUACUGACGAAAGUGCUGGCUGUGCUCUCACCUGUGCUCAGUUCCAUCCUGAUGGUCUAAUUUUCGGCACCGGUACGGCUGAUUCUCAAAUCAAGAUCUGGGAUCUGAAGGAGCGCACCAAUGUAGCCAACUUCCCGGGUCAUUCCGGUCCUGUCACCUCCAUCGCUUUCUCUGAGAAUGGUUACUACCUGGCCACAGGUGCCCAAGAUAGCUCUGUGAAACUGUGGGAUCUAAGGAAACUGAAAAACUUCAAGACCAUCACUCUGGACAACAACUAUGAGGUGAAGUCCCUUGUAUUUGACCAGAGUGGUACUUAUCUGGCUGUAGGAGGCUCUGAUAUCCGCGUCUACAUCUGCAAGCAGUGGUCUGAGGUCCUCAAUUUCACAGACCAUACAGGGCUGGUGACUGGAGUGGCCUUUGGAGAUAAUGCUCAGUUCCUGUCCUCUGCAGGAAUGGACCGUAGUCUCAAAUUUUAUAGUUUGUAGAAAUGGGGUAAAUUUAGAGUGGCUGGAAGAAGGUGAUUGAAUGAGACUGCUCUAUGUAUAAACAGUUGCUGUCUUGAACAUUGACCUGUAAUUUUAUAGAAAAAGAAGUGGAAAAAAAAAUCCCUGCUUACUUUGCUUCAUUGGUGCAUUUGUUCCAUAAAAUGGUCUGCUAUAUAAAACCACAGCAGCAUGAUUAGACUUAAUGUUUGUUGGCAGUUUGUCUAAAAUGUACAUGAUGUGAAAUGAGAUACAAAAGCCAAUUUAAUUUUAAUGUCUGACUUGCCACCAAAUAUGACUUUACUGUAGUAUUUUCUUUCUUUGUGUUUGGUGGGGGGGGGGUCUCAAGUUGAAACAACUUCUAAGCGUUUUCAGAACCUGCUAUGACUACAAUCUGUUUUGCUUGUUAAUGUAGAUCAGCUUCAUUACAGUAUCUUUAGGUUAAGAUGAAGAAAACGUGUAGUAGUGAACAGUACAGCUUAGUGGAAAAGAAAAAAAGAUUUAUGAGAUUCAUGUUCCUCUUCGCAAACUGUAUCCGCCAAUCAAAUCCCUACAAUUGUUUCCGCCUUUUUUCAUUUGUUCCGUUGAAGUUUUUUUCUUCCAAUUGUAUAUUAUACUUUUCUUGCUAUUUUCCCCUUGCAACUCUAACAUUUUACAAUAAAAUAUCUUUUCUAUUUCCA